CAAGUUUGCAGGAAGAUGACCGUCUUUUCUUUUUGUCCUCCCUUUCUGUCUCUUGCAGUGAAGAACAAGAUUUUGUACCGGACCAGCGCCUGUAUCAAGAUGCAAAAGACAGUCCGGAUGUGGCUGUGCAGGAAGAAGCACAAGCCUCGCAUCGACGGGUUAGUCAAGGUUCGAAACCUGAAGAAGAGGAUGGGCCGCUUCAACGAGGUGGUGGCCGGGCUUAAGGAGGGCAAGCAGGAAAUGAGCAAGCAGAUCCAGGAUCUGGACACCGCCAUCGACUCCCUGAUGGUCAAAAUAAAGAGCACCGUCAUGACCCGGAUCGACAUCGACCACGCGUACCAGGCUUUGGUGACCCGGUCGGAGCAGCUGCUGACCGCCAUGCAGAACAAGAAGAAGGAGGAGGAGGAGCGCGAGCGGCUGAGACGCAUCCAGGAGGAGAUGGAGAGGGAGAAGAAGAGGAGGGAGGAGGAGGAGAAACGCCGCAAACAGGAGGAGGAGGACAGGCGACUGAAAGCAGAGAUGGAGGUGAAGAGGAAGCAGGAAGAGGAGGAGAGGAAGAGGAGGGAGGAGGAGGAGAGGAGGAUCCAGGUGGAGAUGGAGCUGCAGCUGCUGGCGGAGCGGGAGGAGGAAGCUGCUCGGCAGGCCGUCCUGGAGCAGGAGAGGAGGGACCGGGAGCUGGCGCUGAGGAUCGCUCAGAGCGAGUCCGAGCUCAUCCCGGAGGAGGUGCAGAACGACUCGGGCCUGCGCAGUAACGGCUCUUCAGUUCCAUCGUCCCCAGAGAGAGCAGCCCCUGCUGGAACCACAAAACUCAAGAGCUUGACCAUGGAAGAAAUGGCGAAGGAAAUGACUGAACUUCUGGCUCGAGGUCCACAGGUUCAGGCCUCCAAGGCUGCCGCCGGAGCCAAGAAGUACGAGCUGAGCAAGUGGAAGUACGCUGAGCUGCGGGACGCCAUCAAUACCUCAUGCGACAUCGAGCUGCUGGCCGCCUGCAGAGAGGAGUUCCACCGCCGGCUCAAAGUUUACCACGCCUGGAAGUCAAAGAACAAGAAAAGAAACACGGACACGGAGCAGCGAGUGCCCAAAUCCAUCACCGACUACGGUCAUACUCCUCCUGUGAAAACAGCAUCCCAGCAGAACCCGGCCCCGCCCAUACCGGCCCGGCAGUACGAGGUGGCGAUGAACCGGCAGCAGCGCUACUUCCGCAUCCCGUUCAUCCGGCCGGGCGACCAGUACAAAGACCCGCAGGGCAAGAAGAAGGGCUGGUGGUACGCUCACUUCGACGGGCCGUGGAUCGCCAGGCAGAUGGAGCUGCAUCCAGACAAACACCCCAUCCUGCUGGUGGCGGGAAAGGACGACAUGGAGAUGUGCGAGCUGAGUCUGGAGGAGACGGGCCUGUCGAGGAAGCGCGGCGCCGAGAUCCUCCCGCGGCAGUUCGAGGAGAUCUGGGAGCGCUGCGGCGGCAUCCAGUACCUCCGCAGCGCCAUCGAGAGCCGACAGGCGCGACCCACCUACGCCACGGCGAUGCUGCAGAGCAUGUUCAAGUGACGCCGCCCGCCUCCUCCACCCACCUCCAAUGGGGCGGCUUCUCACUGCAAACAAAGGGACAAACGCACCAGCUACCUAACACAGAUGGCGUCUCGAGCGUACUGCACCGGGUUCUGACUGGCAUUCAGCGAUUUCUCUCAACUGUCCUUUUGUCUUCUUUCUUUUUUUUUUUGGUUCUCGCCGGCUUUCACCUCCUCGACUGUGGGGACGGGGGCAGGGAAGCUUCGCGGUGAACCCUAUGCAGAAAAAUCAAACUAAAUUAUCACAUCCGGUUGUUUUCUAAGGAAUCCUGUCCUCCGUAACAUCUCCGCAAGUCUAACUCCGAGGCCUUAACACGACUGUAACAGGGUUUAAUCGCCACAAGUAGACUUCUUUGUUCUGUUCAGAGCUGCCUCCCCCGACAAGAUUAAUUCCUCUGUAAUUAUGCAUUCCUGAUGAUUACACUGAAGUCUCACUGGUGUGUCGCUUCCAUCCUAACAGCUAGCUGGUGAUCCCUCUUAAAACCUGCUGUUUACAUUGUCUUCAUGCGGCUCUGACACGAGCUGCAUGAGUCCGAUUAUUCCUCGUGACUCAUGAUUAAGUCAAAUAUUUGCUAAUACUUUGUUUUUUAUUUCACCUUUUUGUCUCUCCAAGCGAAUGUAACUCGAGAGCUCGUUGAUUCGUUCACGUAGUGAUUCCUCUUUCUGUGAUUAAAGCUAACGAGAGCGGUACAGAGACCAGACACGGCUCCGGACGUCGACUCGUCGGGUUUUUUUUCUUGAUUUCUUAGUUUGUUUUUGGCCUGAGCGGUAAUUCAGCUCCGUGAUUUAGUUUGUGUCUGUUUUAUCAAAGCAAACGCAGAAAAUGUGAAAUAAUAAUUAUGCAAAAGCUGAAGAUGCAACUCGUGCUGUUUGAGAACAGAUCAGCGCCGCAAACAAAGAAACAUUCACGCCAUCGUCAGUCGUCACAUUUGAGGAAACUUCGUUUGCCAACACAGUGAUUCCCAAGGCAGGUUCACGUUUCUCAUCGCUGAAAAGAUAA